AUGGCGUCUGUUCAAGAACCAUCAACCAGCUUCGUAGCUUUGGCGAAUCAGAAUGAAACUUUAUGGAAAGAAGCAUAUGAAAAAUUCAAGCACGAAGACUCAGGUUUAUACGAGCGAUUGCAGUCGAUCAUAGACAAGGAUUCCAAUGUCAAAAACAAUGUGGGACAAGAACAACGACUUGGCGACUUACUUCUUAGAAAGCGUCGUGUAAUGGAGGACAAGCAAUGGCCAAUGGGAGACAAGGCCGCUGGACUUGACCCCGUUCAUGCAGGAUUCCCAUGGGCCUGCGUGUCAGUUUUAUUACCACUCAUUUUGAAUCAUCCCGAAGAACAGGAGGCGGCAUUAAAUGGGCUGGAAAAGGUUGUAGAGAUCGUCCAACAAUUUACGUCUCUCAGCUGGGACUAUCUCAAUCUUUCACAAUUCAAAUCGGAGAAGCAACUGAAAGAAUCGAUUUUGACUCUGUACUGGAAGAUACUUCGGUAUGAGGCGACUGCAAUCAAUAAUUUCAACAGACAUAUAAUUGUGAGAUACGCUGCAUCGAUUGUCAGGAAAGAUGAGUGGAAAAAGUUGCUCGGCGAGGUCGAAGAUAACAGGAACAAUAUUAUGAGCAAUCUACAACUAAAUGACUCGCAAAAUCAGAAACGAUUUGAAACCGAACUACGAGAGCUGAUUCUACAGCUAGACAGAACCGAUGACAAGAACAUUGAAGUCAUUCAAUGGGUAUCUGAUAAACCAUAUAUUUCACAACAUUACACUGCUCGACAAUUACUCUCGCAGUACCCAUAUGCCGGAGAAUGGAUUAUCGAGAAAUAUACAAAAUGGCUACAUCAUGAUGGAGCGCCUGCUUUUUGGCUACGAGGGACUAUUGGAACUGGAAAGACGUCAAUCAUGUCUACCAUCAUUGAAUCGUUCUAUUCUGAUGUAGCCAGACAAGAUGAUCAUCGCAUGAUUUAUUUCUAUUGCAUCUCACCAACAACACCAGAUGACGUUAUUCGAAGUCUGGUAUCCCAGCUAGCAUGGACUUUAGAUGGCAACGCAAUAGAAUCAAGCAUUCUUGCCAUGUUUACUGAUGCAAAGCCACCUAACGCUACUAUACCGAUGACCAAGGAGUGGUCCGCCGCGCUUCUAAAGUUGUGUCAACGACUUAGUAAAGUCAUCAUCGUCAUAGAUGCCCUUGACGAAUGCGUUGAUUUCAGCAAGCUUCUAGCAACAUUGAGACAGCUUCAGGUCAGGCAGCUUGAUGGUAUCAAGUUUGUUUUCUCAAGUCGAUUGAAUGUCGAUGUAAACAAGGUUUUUACUGCAUCUGACGGUGUUACUUUGACCACCGAAGAUACAUUGAAGGACAUGUCCGCGUACAUUGGAAAAGAAGUGAGAUCCAAAGAGGAAGACAUUGAUUCUAAUGACGAGGAAACUAAGCGACAACUCAUGGAUCAAAUAGUGCGAGUACUAUCAAAUUUUGCUGGUGGAAUGUUCAAAUGGGUCACCUUACAACUUGCAAUAAUGUUUCCGAUCGAAACUCAAACAUUCUUACCGGAGAAUAUUGAGAUCCAGCUGUUGGAUAUCGAGAAUCGGAACACUUCCUUGGAGCAAUCCUUAAAUAGCGCAUAUGAAACGGUAUAUUUAAUUAACACAAAGCCAGGAGCUUACAAUACUAGCGUCUUCAAGUCAGUUUGCAAAUGGCUAUUGUGCUGCAGAACUGCACUGCCCGCAGACGAGGUUCUCAGAGUCAUUGAGCUGUCGCUUGAUCAUGAUCCUAAACUUCAGAGAAUAACACGAAGCCCUUUGAGCACAAAAGUUGUGUUGCAUUGCUGUAGCAAUUUUGUUAUCCAAAGUUCGGAAGGCAAUUUUCGAUUCGCCCACUUAUCGGUCGAGGAGUAUCUUACCAAUCAUUGCGCUGUGAAAUCCGAGUUCCUAUAUGAAGAAUGCCAUCUUUUCGUGAUGAAGAUCUGCCUAGCUUUCAUGGCGCAAGAAAAGAAUAAUUCAGUUGCAGAACUAGUGCUCAAGCAAGGUUCAAAGGGGUUUUUCAUGAGGUGCCCGGCAAUAAAACUGAAGGGGGUGAUUUUCAAUUUUCAAACAUAUUCCAUCUCGUAUUGGGCUUAUCACGCCAAAGAAUCCAUACCGGAAAGAAGAUGCAGAGAACCUCUCUACAAAAGUUUUGUUCUUGGUGCCAGGCUGAGCCCUUCAUUACAGUGGUGGUUCUCUCAAAUCGACGAUUAUAACUAUUCAGGAAGCAUGAAGAACCAGAUCGCGGAGAUUGCAGAAAAAGUGCUAAGAAAUCCUCCAAAACGAGAUCAAUAUCCGUCCGAGAGUCGUCUUAGAAUGCUAGGGGCAGCCUUCAAUCUUCCUGAGAUUUUGGAGAACGGACUCAGCAAUUGUAAGGAAGAAGUCGAUGCCUCAUUACGUUUUGGUCUUACCCCACUUCUUGUGGCAAUUAGACAUUGCAGCCCUGAUUCAGUGAAGUGUCUUCUAGACCUCGGAGCUAACCCUACUCUAAUAUCUGUCACUCAUAGAGACCGCACAAGAUAUGGCAAUUUUGGCAGGCCAAUUGCUGAUGAAGACAUGGUGUACUGGGCGACUGGUAGGGGUGGUCACCGCCAAAGACCAGUGAAAGGACAUUUGCAGAUAGAAAAUGUCCUUCUAAAUCACGAGAAGAGUCGAAACCAUUUUCUUGAUCAACUCGAAAGGCAUUUGAGAGCGGACACCCAUCCUGAUCCAUCGCGAGCUUUGAAUAUUCUUUAUAGAGCUUCUAAUGAGGUACCAAUAUCCGCAAAGAUUUUUGGGUACAGAAUGAAAGCCAGAGGUCUGGGUGAGCUAGCUCAAAUUCUUGAUCUCAUAGACGAAGAAACCUUUGAUGAAGAAAUGGUAGCGAGUAUUGUUCGUCAUGAUUCUUGUGAAACCGUAAAGAAGUUUUUUGAAUUCAAACACGUCGACUCGAUCACGGAGCAAAUGGUCAGGAGUGCUCUCAGAAGCUUUGACUCAAACACCGUUGCAUAUCUUAUGAAGCGAUUCGGUCAUGAUACCCUAACACGAGAGAUAGUGAUUGAUGCAAGACCUCAUCUUCAUGAGGUUUGGAAAGUAAUACUUGAUUUGAAGGGAAUCCAGUUCGUCGACCAGGAGGUUUUCAAUUCGAUGUUCGAAAAUCGGGUGGACCUCAAAGCCGUUAAUUUUGUUUUGGAUACUUGUGGCACUGAAAUGAUGGGAAGUUCCCAUGUUGAACUUAUAGCCGGUUCACUGUCAUAUAAUCUUGAGGAUUUGAAUGCCAUUCUUCGCAUACGAGGAUCUUUGGAUGAUUUGAUCACAGAGGAAGCAGUUUUUCAAGCUUUCCAGACUGAAAAAUUCGACAUGGCAAAUUUUUUACUGAAGAAUGCAGAGGACCCUUCAUCGUUAUUGACCAAGCGGGUCAAAGACAUUGCUUACCUUGAUGGUGACGCCGGGAUGCUGAUUCUUGAAAAUUUUAUCAAGAAUACUUGUGAUUGAUGAUUGCGAUUGGAAGUUCUGCAGAUUGUACAAUUUGAAGCUGCGCAGAGAAAUAAGACGGACUAAUUUGCUAUUCACGGAAGGGUUUUAGGUGAAUUGAAAUUUCACACGACAGCAGUCGAUAUUUUGGCCCUCAAGCAAGAGGUCUAAAGAGUCUGGACUAUAGUCCAAUAGUUCAAUUUUUUUUGGAACUUUGAAAAUUUGGAAACUUUGAAGUGCUGAGAUUGUUUCAGAUAUUGAUAUAGUUUGGUGGUUAGGUUUCCGAAAGAAUUCACUUAUGGGAUUGAUAACAGCAUUCUUGAUAUCUAAAAAUUAUUUUCUUGAAUUGAAC